UCCUCUAAUUCAACCCUGUGUCCAAACUAGUCAUGAAACCGCGUGUUAAUACGCGUCCUAUAUUCAAACGAUAUUUAGAUUGCGCAGCGCAGAUCUUCAGCUCAUUCAUUGCCUGCGCAAUCUCCAAUUACGCACAAAUAAUGGCUUUUACGCACAGCCUCUAACGCCCCACCUCACAGGAUCAGAAAAAAAUGACAUCACGCUUUGCAUUUCCCACGUUUAGACCAGAAACUCUGUUCGCCUCCACGGAGCUUCUCUACCCACUGCAGUUUCCAGAUGAAGACUCAGAAACUCAAAGAAACAAGUUCAAUGUGAGGAUACAGAUCACGGAUUAACUUUUUUUUUGCGUGGGAGUGGAAGUUAUGCUUCACAUCUUAUCAUGAAAGGUUUUUGAUCUGAUUUGAUUUCUUUUUUUGUUCUAGUAGCCGACUGGUAUUAUUUAUUUUUACGUCUGGACUUGUGGACUGAUCAUGUUUUAACAUCUUGGAAUAAUGAGGGAUUCCUGUUGGUUUCAUUUUUAUAUGGGGAUUUAACAGUUGUUUUACAGAAGACUGUAGAUGGUACAUUUUCCAAAAGCUAUGGAAUUUUCUUUGCAAAUUCAUCUUUUUUUUUUCUCAUGCAUCAAGGUUUAUGCUCAAGUGGAACAACCAGCGAAGCAUCCAGGCCUGCAGGUGUUGGCCACGGCCUCGCAUUAUUGGCCUCUUGAUGCUGUGGACGGAAUUCAUGAACUGUGGGACCAGCUUGGAAACAGGCCAGGUUAUGUUAAUGGAAGCAACAUAACUCUCAGAAUCCACAACCACACUGUGCUCCCUUCCUCCCAUAACUCUUCCUAUGUGUAUACCAAUGACUCUGCCUACACUAACAUUUCUGCAACAGUAGACAUUGUUGAAGGAAUGGUUAACAAGGGCAUCUUUCUGAAUGGAGAUAAUGGUGGUACCUUUCUCCACUUUGGAAACUACCAAAACUCUUGCAUUAGUGACCCUACUUUGUGCGGCCCUGAGGGGAUUACUUUCUCCUUUUUUUGGAAAAACCAUGAGGCAGAGUCCCGUUUUGCUGUAGCCUCAGGAGGGAAAGUCAUAUCCAAUGGGUUCUCCGUCUACACCAAUCCCUUUGGAGGGUAUGUGGAGUUUUACACUCGAGGCAACAACCACAGAUGGAAGGCCAACAUCCAAGUCCCAGGGCCUUUCUGGACCCACAUUCUCUUCACAUGGACAAAAAAGGAGGGUCUGAAGGUCUACAUCAAUGGAACCUUUACUGCUGGUGACACAGCUGGCAAUGUGUCAGAGAACUAUGGUGAUCCCUACCCUGACCUCGUCAUUGGAACUGGCAAUGACAGGGCGUACCGCCACUAUGUAACAGGCGCUUUUGAUGAGUUUGUCAUCUGGGAAAGGGCCCUUUCUCCAAACGAGAUUUUGCUAUACUACAGUGCAGCCACAGGUCAAGCCCUGGUCUCCGCCACAACACCCAGAUUGUCCAAGGAAGUCACUUCAACAACACCAACAGUGUUUCAGAGAGCCACUGAAGUGAGUCCCCCUGUCAUCAGCAGUCAGCAGGAGGAGGCUCAAAGCUCCCAGGACACAGGGUCCAUGCCAGUGUUGGGUUUCUUGAAGGCACUGCCCAAUAGGACCAUUCUUCACAACACUGUCAACAACCUCACGCAGGCUUUUCUCAAAAGUGUGGAAGAAGUGCUGUCCUCUCCAGGGUUGCCAGAGCAGUCCACCCCAGUGGUCAGCGGCCUGAUCGAGACUGUGGACAGAGUGAUGGAACACAUGGUGACGAACCUGGAACCCAGCCCGAACUCUCUCAUCACCCUGGGUGGAACAUCUUUUGUUGCAGAUUACUCUCUGAUGAAGCUCCCACAGAACUACAACCUGCCGCAUUAUCGCUUCCCUACACAGGGCAAGAGCUACAUCUCUGUGCCUGGGGAGGCUUUCACUAUGCAGUCUCAAACCACCAUUGUUGGCCUCUUCUACCACAACAUGCACAGCUACUACAAAGAGAUCAGCCCUGUUAAGACCAGGAUUAAAGAAGCAGCUGAUUUCAAGGAUCACAAGAUCCAGGUAGCAAGCUGUCUAAUCUCCCUGAAAGUUGAGCCCUCGCCAGCCUUGUCAGUCAACCUCUCUGGAGCGCCACUCAUCAAGAUUGUCCUCACCCACAUGCUGACUGAAGAACAGCAAGACCAAGCAGUAAAUCAGAGCAAUAAAGUCUUCCUCUAUUGUGCAUUCUUGGACUACAGUUCGAAUGAGGGAGUAUGGUCCAACAAAGGCUGUGUCCGCUCAGAUGGAAACAUGACGUUCUCUGUAUGUCUGUGCAACCACCUCACAAACUUCGCCAUCCUAAUGCAAGUGGUGCCCUUAAAGCUCACUACUGGCCACCGGGUGGCACUAUCAACCAUUGGUUAUGUUGGCUGCUCGAUUUCCAUCUUCUGUCUUGCCAUCACUCUUGUCACCUUUGCAGUCCUGUCGUCGGUGAGUACCAUCCGUAACCAACGCUACCACAUCCACGCCAACCUGUCCUUCGCCAUCCUGGUGGCUGAGAUCUUACUGCUCAUCAGUGCUCGCUUUGACCUGGGCACGCUGCCUUGUAAGGUAAUGGCUGUCCUGCUGCACUUCUUCUUCCUGAGCGCCUUCGCCUGGAUGCUGGUUGAGGGCCUCCACCUCUACAGUAUGGUGGUCAAGGUGUUCGGCUCCGAGGGCAGCAAACACUUCUACUACUACGGCAUUGGUUGGGGCUCUCCAUUGGUAAUAUGCAUAGUGUCCAUGACGUCAGCUCUGGACAGUUAUGGUGAAGUUGACAACUGUUGGCUUUCGCUGAAGAAUGGAGCCAUCUGGGCUUUUGUGGCACCGGCUCUGUUUGUCAUUGUGGUGAACAUAGGCAUCCUGAUAUCUGUGACCAGGAUCAUAUCUCGAAUCAGUGGAGAGAAUUACAAGGUUCAUGGAGAUGCAAAUGCUGUCAAGCUGACCGCAAAGGCAGUGGCAGUGCUCCUUCCAAUACUUGGCAUUUCCUGGAUCUUUGGCGUUCUUGCUUUCAACACACACUCGUUGCCAUUCCUAUAUAUCUUUGCUGUGUUCAACUCAUUACAAGGAUUCUUUGUUUUCUUAUUUCACUGUCUUCUCAACUCUGAGGUCAGAGCUGCUUUCAAACAUAAAACCAAGGUGUGGUCCCUCACCAGCAGCUCCAUUCGAAACAUCAAUGUGAAGCCCUUCAACUCUGACAUUAUGAAUGGAAACAAGGAGGGUGUGACUCCUACCAAGAUGAACACAUGGGACAAAAGCACCAACUCAGCCAAUCGAAUUGACCUCUCCGCCGUGUAGAACCGUAGAUCACUGGUUCUGUCAGAGCAACCUGGAGCUCACUAGUGCAGAAUGACAAACACUGGCCAGAGUAUACUCUCCCGAUAUGUAAUAAUGAAUUGGAUACUCAUUCCCUCAAGAGAGACUGAAACUGAAGGAGAGGGAUUCUGUAGCAUAUUAAUAGUUCCUCAUUUAAAAGACAAACAGACUAUGGUGACUGUGCUUUAUUAUUGUCACAUAAAACAUAGUGCUCCCACAAUAAAGUGUAGGGGGUUUCUGAGGAGCAGUUCAGUAAAGUGACAGAACGUCUUAAGAUCUUUGAGCAUUGUUUGGGGUCAUGCAAUGAGGCCCUGUGCAGUGGAGUGUCUCAAUUCUGUAUUGUGCAGUUUUCCAGAGUUUAUUGAAGGGAAAAGUUAAUGUGGGAAAUUCACUUAUUUGCUCUCUUGGUCCUCGUUACAUGUAAAGUUUGAUGCCACUUGUCAGGACUGUAUGGUAAAUAUGAGUUUACUGCUAGCAGCUGGUUCACUAAUCUUAGCACAAAGACUGGACACAGUUUAUCUGGCACGGUCCAUAGGUAAACAAAAUCUGCAGACCAGCUCCUCUAAAGCUCAGGAAUUAAUGUGUAAUAUCGACUUUUUUUCAUUUGUACAAAAAAACAACAUAUUGUGGUUUUACAGUUAUGUGCCAGACUAGCUAGGUUAUCCCCGUUUCCAGAAUUUGUGCUAAACUAACAUAAUCUAUAGAUGGUGGCAGCUUCAGCAUACAGACAUGAGAGUAGCAGGAAUCUUAUCAUCUAACCUUAGGCAGGAAAGAAAAUAAGCAUGUUUUCUAAAAUGUCAAAACUUUCCUUUAAACUAUAUGUUUUCACAUGAAAUUUGUCUCACGCAGUGAAAUAGUGCAGACACGUCUGCUUAAUUUACUUGCAGAAAAUGUAAACUAUUAAAAUUUGAGAUGAUCAUAAGUGCAGAAUUUUCAGGGUAUGGUUGGGUACAAAUGCAUAACCAAGGACAGAGAAGAAAAGAGGUAUGUUUUCCCUAAAUGCAGCGUUAAAUUUUUUGCUUAAAAGCAGUGGCUUCACCGUCUGUUUCCAGUAUUCAUCCACACAAAGGAUAAAUUGCUUACUGUACCUGGAUAACCUUCUCCGCAUUUCACCUGAUUCAUACAGCUUUGAUCCAGUUUUUGGAACAGCACAACACAAUAACUGCUUGAUAGAGAAAAAAUGAAGUAUCAGUGCAUUAGACCCCAUGUAAUUCUGAUAUAAUGUAUUUAUUUAUUUGUGAUUCUGAGUUCUUUAUCGUGUCUCCUGUAAAGUGUCACAGCUCAACAUUCAGUAUGUUCUCAUGAUAAAUUUUGUGUUUAUGUGAGUGUUUUCUCUCUAUUUGCUGUAAGCCGCGGUAUGUUAUGCUUUUUGAGGAAUAGUGAAUACUGGUUGUGUUUUGGACGCAACUCUGUGAACCUAAGAUAUUUCUGUUGCUUAUUUCUUUUACAUUUUCAUAUAUGUUUGUACAAUAAAAUAUGAAAUAUUUUCUACAACAGGGGGACUUGAUAAGGAUGUUGCUUUUUUAACAUACUGUGAGAAUGGAGGGAGAUGGCGUGUUUUAAAAUAUCCCAUUGAUAUUACACUGUACCAAUAUUAAGUUUCCUAAGACAGGAUUUACUGUAUAUCACUCUGCGCUCACUUCCAUCGUCAGAUCAAAAAUUUAAUAUUUUAGUAUAUCUAAGCUUAUAUAUGGCCUUCAGUGAUUGUUGACUUAUGGUACUAUGUUUUUUAUGCUUUCAGUUAUCUUUAUUAAAAAAAACUUUUAUGACAAGAAAA